AUGCCCCGGCGCGACCGUGCGGGACGGCGCGUCCGCGUCGUUGGCCUCGGCAUCGCCGGCCGUCCGUCGCGGCUCCGCGGAUACUCUGCACCGCGCGCCUCACCAACAAGCGCCCGCGGCCCAGCGUCCCGCUGUCCAGGCAGCAGCGGCGCUGCUCAGCGUCGUUGCCAACUCACUUCCAUACAAAAGCCAGAUAAUGGCCGUAUACAGCCUGUACACUACCCAGACCAUGGUCGUACUCGUACACCACUCCUACAAUUCUCAGACGAUGGCUCUCUGCCCAUACUCCGCCUACUCCGUCCACGGCAGUGCGCCCGCUCCGCCGCACCACUUCGCGCUCCGGCCGGCUGCACCACCUCCACGCGCUGCUCAGGAGCCCCUGCCGUGGCGACCUCCUCGUCGUCUCCAGCCCCGCACGCGCGCAGUCCCGCGCCCGUCCGCGACCAGCCGUCCGCGCCCCUGUGGUCCGCCGGCCGUCCCGGCCGCUUGCUGCUCCGCCCGCCCGCGGCGGCUCGUUCCCCCUCCGGUGCGCUACUCCGCCUCCGUCCACACCAAGUGGGCGCCCCGGGCCCCGCCCCACAAACCGCACGGUCGGCCUCGUCCCCACGCGUGGCUCGCCUCCACGCGGCUUCACCCUCGACCGUGCUCGGUCCCGACGCGCCCGACUGCCCGUCCGGCCGGCUCCGGGUUCCCCGCCCCAGCGGCCGGGAAGCCGCCCUGCGCCCCGUUGCCGUCUCCACCAACCGCGCCCAUCGGCGCCUCCGCACGCCCCGUGCCGACUCCCGCUCGCCCCGCGCCGGCUUUGCGCCUCCGCGGCCGGCUCCGCCUGCUCCGCCGGGCCGCCUCCUCGCACCGGCUCGGCCGCGCGCGCGCUUGCCCCACCUCGAGCCCGGCCGCGUCCGGCUCCCCCUGCCGCCCCGCGCCCAGCCGGGUCCGGUGAGCGUCGCCUCCACCUGCGACCGGGUCGCCUCCUGCGCGCCACCACGCUGGCUCCGCCCCGCAUGCGCGUGGCGCCUCCGGCCGCCGCUCCCCUACCCUACCGGCCUCCACGCCAGGCUCCGGCAGCUUGCCGACUCCGCCCCGACUCGGACGGCCGGCUCCGCCGCUUGCCGGCUCCGCCCCGACUCGGACGGCCGGCUCCGCCGCUUGCCGGCUCCACCGCCGGCCGGCUUCGCCCACCACCCGGCCGUCCUGGCUGGCCGCCGGCUCCCCGCUCGCCUGCUGCUGGUUCCCACAUCCAGCUGUCCAGGGCCGGCUGGAGAAGAAAAGAGAAAGGGCCGAUUGCCCGACGUGAGGCAAAAGAGAAAAAAGAAAGGUCAAGCCCGACUGCCCAUGGCCAAAAAAAAAGAAGAGAGAUAG